ACACUAACGCAAAGUCGCGAACAGCUGUUCGCAAUUUCUGCAAUUUAGAUUUUUUUCUUGGCCACAGUUCAAAGUUGUUUUUUUAUUAUUUUAAUGAAUUUGUGUGUGAAACGUACAAAAUGGAGCGCAAAGAAGUGGACACACAACAGUUCAUCGACCACACGCUGCUGGCGACGGAGCUGAUGCACAACAAUUUCAUGAUGGAUCUGAUCGAUCACACGGGCGUAUUUCCCAAGACGGAGGGACCCACCAAUCUGAGCACCACGGCCCACCACAACGACACCAAUGCCGCCGCUGGCUAUGUGGAAAAGCAUACGCUAACGCCGCCGGAGCUCAAUUUUCACAGUACGAUUUUCCAGUUUGUCAACAAACAUGUGGACGAGGAGGAAGAGGAGCAGGUGCAGGUGCAACAGGCAAACAGGACGCGUGCGGACGCAGUGCCCGCUUCGCCCGUCAAGGAGUCGGACGUGGAGUUUCUCACGCUCAACAGCAGCUUCCUCAGCCGAGCAGCUGCCGCGGCUGCAGCAGCAGCCGCAGCUGUCGGCAACGAGGUGGCGCCGCAGCAGGUGCCGCAGUCCGCCUACCCAGCGCUGGCCAUUGAGCCGGUGCCGGUGCCCAUCGAUGAUGUGCCGGACGAGGAGCUGCUCUACGGACACAAUGUAAACGCAACGAAUGCACGCAAGGUGCUGCCCCACAAGAAGCGCAUCUCGCGCAAGCUGAAGGGCACGCUGCUGGACGCCGAGCUGGAGCAGCACAAGCAUCAUCAUCAUGUGGUGCCCCAAACGGUGGCCAAUUACAGCUGCGAAAUAUGCGGCUAUGCGGUGCACACACAAAUCGAAUUCUAUGCGCAUCUCAAGGAGCACUACGAUCCGGGCAGCACGCUGCAGCAGCGCCUAGACGUGCCACAGCAGCAGCAGGUGCAGCAGCAGCAACAGCAGAAGGAGCCGCUGGACAUGUGCGGUCUGUCCACGCAAGAUAAGCUGCAGCAGGAGCAGGCCAAACUGGAUCAGGUUUUUCACGAUGUGCAGCUCAAUUUCGAGAACUUUCACAACAUCAGCCACGUGGAUGUCGGCGAUGAUGUUGUCGACGCUGUGGGCGUCAAUAUGGUUAUCCAUGCGGAUGCCAUGUCGCUGCACAAAGACGAGGAUAAGUUGACGCCCGUUGCAAAUGCGGCCGCAGCGAAUCCGGUGCCCGUUGUGGAUGACGUGGAGUUCAGCGACACGGAGGAUAUGCUGGAGGGCAUACGCAAUGUCGUGGACAAGGUGUCCAUUGAGGACACCUGCGACGAACUGGUCGAUCUGGAGCUAACGGCCAGCGGCAUGCGCGCGCCCUGGUUCAAUAACAAUUUCUCCGACAUUGCAUUCUCCGGGCUGCUGCUGCCCGGCGAGCCGCCGCCGCCGCCGACUUCCACGCAGCCGCCGGCAACGUCCACGCAUCCCAUUGAGGCGGAGCAAAUGACGUUGAGUUUUCAGCAGCCAACGGUGCAGCCCAAGCUGGAGAUGGGCCACAAGAAAAACUACAUUGAGGCAGCCGCAGCAGCUGCGGCGGCGGAGGCCGCAGCGGAGGCAGCAGCAGCUGCCGCGGCCAACGAACAAACUCCUCCUCCGCCCAGCGAUGGCUCCUCCAUCGAGCAGCUGCAGCGUUCGCCGCUAAUGCUCAGCGCCGAGUCCUUUAAGCUGGAGGAUGUGGAGGCCGCAGCGCCCGCAGCAAGCAGCUCGAACUCUUCGCCCGCGGCCCACUUGACGGACGACAACGCGGACAGCUAUCAAAUGGAGACGGACGAGAAGCCCGCCGGCGGCGGCGACGAUGCGCCAGAUGCGAAACGCAAGUUCCACUGCGACAAGUGCGCCCGGGACUUCAAUUCGUACAAUGCGCUCAAGUACCAUCAAUAUACACACACCAAGGAGCGCGCCUUCCAGUGCGCCAGCUGCGAGCGAUCCUUCUACACGCAGAGCGCGCUCAAGGCGCACGAACGUACACAUUCCGGCAUCAAGCCCUACAAGUGCGAGAAAUGCGAUUUCAAGUUCCGGCAGUGGGGCGAUCUCAAGUACCACAUCAUCUCGAGGCACAGCGAGGUGAAGGCGCACAUGUGCGAAUAUUGUGGCAAGAGCUUCUCGCGGAAGUACUCGCUGGUUGUGCAUCGACGGAUCCACACCAGCGAACGGAACUAUGCGUGCCAGUACUGUGGGAAAACGUUCCGGGCGAGCUCCUAUCUGCUGACCCACAUCAAGGUGCACACGGGCGAGAAGCCGUACGCGUGCGGCGUGUGCGACAAAAAGUUUCGCGUAUCCGGCGAUCUGAAGCGUCACACGCGGAUACACGAUCCGGCACGACAGGCCCAGGCUCAGCCGGAGACGGCGGCAAAGAAGCGCAACAAAUUGAAGCAGAUCGAGGAUGAGGAUGUCGAGGCGAUCAUAAACAAAAAGUCUGAAGCAAUAUGCGGCGAUGCUGAGCAGGAAAUUUUGGGCUUAUAGCCAAAUGACGAGGUUUCCACAAAAUAGUAUUAACCAACCCACAACUAACUGUGUGAAGAAUGUAAAUAGAACAAAAGAAAAACGAAGCUUGUAAUUAACUUAAGUAGAGCUCCUAGUGGAACUAUAAUAUGGACAUAAACUAGGAAAGUCCCAAACAAGGUUAUCAUGAAAAGCGAAAAAGCAGACCAAACAAAUUGUUAAAAUAUGUAAAAAGGGAUAGAAAAACAAGAUAAAUUAACUGCAUAAACAUAAUUAAAGUUAAAAAGUUUGUAAACAUAACCUCAAAAAAGAAAAGCAUUUAAAUAUAACAUGGAAAUAAACUCGUAGAGUCCCCAAUAAGAAUAUCAAU